AUGUCUCACCACUCAUACACUGGCUCCGGCCCCUACUGCUACGCCAACUCCUUCGCCAUGAUGAUGGGUGCAGAUGCCCCGUCCACGGCUGUCAUUGAGUUCGCAACCUGCAGCCCCUUUGGCAUGGAAGUCAUUGGCAAGGAACUCGUCUUCUUUGACCCUUAUGCCUGGGACCCAAUGCAGUCGUUUGAGGAUAUGCUCGUGGCUGCGGGGUGGACCUCCAAACUGACCGUUGGCAAAGAUGCGGACGAUGCACUUGCUUCUUUGAAGAAGGAACUUGAAAAGGGCCCCGUGUUCGUGGGACCCGUUGAGAUGGGAUACUUGCGAUAUCAGCCUGGGAAUAAUGGACCCAUGGGGGCGGAUCACUACGUUGUUGUGCUUGGGAUUGAAGGCGAUAGAGUGGACUUGCAUGAUCCCCAAGGUUUCCCGUACGCAACGAUCCCUGUGUCAGAGUUUCUGCAGUCCUGGAAGACUGAUUCCCUCGGCUAUGGGAAGUCGUACAUGAUGCGAAGCGAGUUCAAGCAGAUCCACAAGUAUACGGAGGAAGAAAUCAUCAGGCGGACUCUUCCCAACGCACGUAAGUGGCUCAGCAUGGCGGCUGUAAAAGACAGUGACAUGCCCCCAGGCUCAUGUGGCAAUGCCAAAGCAGCAGAGCGGCUAGCAGAGAUUAUUCAGACAAAUUUCCACCCGGGCGUCAAGAAUCCUCUCGUCUACUUUGCAGUGAGGGUUGGUGUGCGGCGUUUGGCGGAUGCCGCUACUUGCCUGGAGAGGAUUGGGGAAACCGAUGCUGCUGGGAUUAUGGCGAAGCAGGCGAGAUUGGUUGGUGCUUUGCAGUAUCCUUUGGUGGUGGGUGAUAAGGCGGGUGCGGUGAAGAUAUUGAAGGAGCUGGGACCGACGUAUGAUGAGCUGCGAGCUGCAUUGAAGUGA